AUGGAAUCCAGGCCACAAGCAGGAGGCCAUGAAGGCAUUUUAAUCUUCAGACGAGAUAAGCUGUUAAAGCGAGCUCUUUCCAGCGAGCUUAAUUUCUAUAGAACAUUGUUUAAUCCAAAUAAUCAAAAUCCAAUCUUGCAUGAAUUUCGAAAAUUAGUUCCCAAGUUUUAUGGAUCCCAGUCGAUUGAUGGGAAUAAUUACGUUGUUUUGGAAAAUCUGUUAUGAGGAUACGAUAAUCCUUCAAUAAUGGAUUGCAAAAUUGGCAAAGUUACAUGGACUAGAGAUCAUUCACCACCUAGAUGUGUAACUCAGCAAUUAAGAGCAUCAAAAACAACGACUUCAAGCUUAGGGUUUAGAAUAACAGGGCUUUUAAUUAAGGACAGAGAAGGGCGUGUAACUGAAUCGAUCAGGAAAAAAAAAGUUUUUGAUAUCACGCCAGACAAUAUUUUGGAUUACUUCUCGAAGCUGGUGAUAAGGGAUGGAGUUUUCCAAGAAGCAGUUGUAGAUCUUAGAUUAACUUAAAUUAUCAUAGAGCAGCUCACUUUUCUAUUUCGCUCCAUAUUCUUGUUUGACUGUCUAAAUGGCCUAAAAGCAUCUGUUGCUCCUUCCAGACGAGGAAUUGGGAGGUAAAGACUCUGGGCUACUGUACGCCAACUGAGCUGCCUGCUCCGAAAAUUCGAAAUGUAAAUUUCCUGGUCAUAUUAUUGACAAAGAUGAAAUUCGUAGCCUAGGGCACAACUCCAGGGAUGCGUGGGAAAAUUACUAGUUGGCCAAGCGAAAACCUUCUGGUUUUCUGGACUAUCUCUUUCCAAAUUCCAAGUUCCAUCUCCCUUGGGGUAAAAUCUGCCCUGGAUACGAGCCGUAUCAGCCAUCCCAAUACUGCGCUCCACCAGACCAAGUAUACCCCCCGGUCUGAAUAAGGUUGUAGAUCAAUUUAUUAUGGAAACGCAAGAGAUUCUGGCGUGAUUUAGGAAGCAAACGGUGAACACCUAUUUCACAUGCUCUGUAUUAUAUGUGAAUGGAUUUAACAAAGCUCAAACGAAGUUUAUUGACUUUUCUUAUGUUUAUCCGUCAGAGGGAACAAGAGAUAACAGUAAGCGAUAUUUAUGAUACUCGAUUUUAAUAAUUGUAGAAAAUAUAAGGGAUAGUUUAUUUAUUUUAUAGAAUUUGCAAUUUUUAAGGAUUAGAAUGGCUAAAAAUUCAAUGCAGAAUUGUAUAGACAUGAUUGAAGGAUUAGAAAGUCUAAUCAGCACGUGGGAAAAGCUGAAAUUGAAGCAUGCAACACCAUAA